AUGGGGCCCACCUGUCACAUCCAACGUGGCUUUUUUCGAUCCGACGUGGAUCUUUGGCUCCCGGUCCGUUCCCCUGCCCCCGUCCGUGUCGCCCGCGCCGCCGUCCGUCCGCACGAGGGCCACCUCGUGCCUACUUCCGAGCGUCGAGAUGGGAGGCCCAACCGCUCCGAUCUUCCCAGCGUCCAGCCCGACGACCUCCCGAGCAUCGCACCACAGGAAGCGCACGACGCGCCGAUGCCAUCCAAGCGCCUGUCCCCCGGCGCCAUGGGCGCCAUGGACGUGGCGGCCUCCUCCCCUUCGUCCUCUCCCAGAUCGCAGAAGCGCCCGUCCCCACCCCCAAGCUCCGCCUGGACCAUGGCCGCCAGGAGCCCAACCCUAGGUCCCGCGGGUCCCACGCGUGCUCCGACGAUGACGAGCUCUUCAGCACCGCCGUGGGCGCCUCGCCGUCGCGUGACCGUUCCAGCGAGUGCCAAGCUACACCACCCGCGUCAUCGGCUCCGCCUCGACGUCUACUUCCUCCUGGCACAAGGAAUCGAGACGGAUUCGACUACAGCGAGCGCAUGA